UUGGACACCCCUGCCUUAGACCCUCGCACCGCACAGGGAAAAUCUUCCUAAAAGAAGCCCAACAUUAGCAUUAGGAAACUCUUGGAAGCCUCAACAAUAACUUUAUGUUUUUUAAUCACUUCAACAGAUUUGAUUGAAAGGAUCAUGAAGACGUCAGGCAGGAUAAAAGUUUAGGGGAAGUCAUGUUACUGUGGCUGAAAAGUAAAAAUGUUGUCAAACUUGUUUAUUGUCAGUCAGCCUGUUGAAAUGUUCAGUCCUCGUUAGACUAGAAUACAACACUCCUCUCCGUGUUUGUAGCAUUUCAUGAGCAUUUUCAUUUCUUAUUUAAUGAAUAAACCGGAAAGAUCAGCUUUUGUUUUUUAAACUUAUUUUACCGUUUGUAGUAAAUAAAUGACAGAGCAGCAUUUCCUGCUGUUGAUAGUUCACCCUGUGACAGAGAUACAUGGAAACAAAAGAAGAUGUUGAUAUUGUUGAACAGAGCUGAGACGCCAGGACAGGGUGUGAGAUCUCUGCUGGAAAACACACGUCUGGAGUGAAGAGAAAGGACAGUAACUUGUUGAGUCUUGCUUUCAAAAGACAACAGGGACCGAGACAGAUGGCUGAGAAAACCUCUCUUGUUGAAAGUUUCCUGAACUGCCACGUGUGUUCAGAGACUUUCAGAGAUCCUGUGUCUCUGAGCUGCAACCACAGCUUCUGUUCCAGCUGCCUGCAGAACUUCUGGGAACAAAGUAAGAACAGAAACUGUCCCAUUUGUAAAAGAAAGUCCUCAAAAGAUAAAUUACUUGUGGACUUUGCACUGAAGGAACUGGCUGACUGCUUUGCUGAGAGGCUGAAAGUUGGAUCAUCUGAGACGGAGAAAGGAGAGAAGAAGGUGGAGGUGUUGUGUAGUAAACAUCCAGAAGAGCCUCGAUUGUUUUGUAAGGAUGAAGAUAGAGUUCUGUGUCCUGUCUGUGAGUUUUCUCUCCACCAGAGUCACACGGUGGUUCCUGUAGAACAAGCAGUCAGUGAGCUGAAGGACCAGCUGACAUGUGACUUAGAGUCUCUGCAGGACAAGAGGGACAAACACAAACAAGUGGAGGAAACAUACAACAAAGUGAUUCAAGAGCACCUGUUGUCCACAGAGACGCAGAUCAGAGCAGAGUUCAACAAGCUCCACCAGUUCCUGAAAGAGGAAGAGGAGUCCAGACUGGCAGCUCUGAGGGAGGAAGAGGAGCAGAAGGGGAAGACUAUCAGCAGAGAGAUGAAGAUGAUUCAGGAGCAGAUCUCCUCUCUGUCACACAGUAUCUCUGCUGUUGAAGAAGACCUGCAGAAACACAAGGUGCCAUUCCUCAGCAGUUAUAAAGCCACUCAGACCAGAGCCAGAGUCCAGUGCUCACUGUCAGAUCCACAGCUGCUCUCAGGAGCGCUGAUAGAUGUGGCCAAACACCUGGGCAACCUGACCUUCAGAGUCUGGGAGAAGAUGAAGGAGAAGGUCCACUUCAGUCCUGUCCUUCUGGACUCAAACACUGCAAACUGCUGGCUCUAUCUGUCUGAUGAUCUGACCAGUGUGAGAUGUGGAGACACAAAGCAGCAGCUUCCUGAUAAUCCAGAGAGAUGCACUGAGUAUGCUGAUGUUCUGGGCUCUGAGGGCUUCAGCUCAGGGAAACACAGCUGGGAGGUGGAGGUGGGAGAUCAUCCUAACUGGUUUGUAGGUUUGGUUAAAGAGUCAGUUGACAGGAAGGGAGAGAGACACGCUUCACAGAAAAGUGGAAUCUGGUGUUUAUCACAUCGCAGUGGGAAAUACACUAAUGGUGCUGGUGAGACUGUCAGAGUGAAGAAGAAUCUCCAGAGGAUCAGAGUCCAGCUGGACUAUGACAGGGGGGAGGUUUCCUUCUCCGACCCUGAAGACAUGACUCACAUCUGCACUCUCAGAGACACUUUCACUGAGAAACUCUUCCCAUGGUUCGGUAUUGGAGAAGCUGGUGAAGAUAAAACUACUGAUAUCAAAAUGUGUCCCACUGAGAUUUCUCUGUGACGUUCAGGAAUGUAAGUGUUCGUUAAGACUUCAGUCUGACUUCACUGUCUGUCUAGAUCUCAUUGUAAUAAUCAAGACAAACAACAGAAAAUCCAGACAAAUAUGAUGUUAAUCCUCAAACUGCAUUACAUCAUCUGCUCUUCAACCUUCCUGCAGGUUUACAGACGAGCCUGGUUAGCAGCAUGUUGUGUUUAAUCACCACAAUGUAACAUUUAUUGUCUCCACUAAACCAAAUACUUUGUGUUCACUU